CAUACCAAUUGACGCGUUUUUUACUGCAGAACUAGUCCUAUACUUUAGCCAAUGAGAAGUAGACUUCGUUUCCCUCCUGUGGCAGUCAUGGCGCCACCCGUGAGGUACUGCAUUCCGGGCGAACGUCUGUGUAACUUGGAGGAGGGCAGCCCGGGCAGCGGCACUUACACGCGACACGGCUACAUCUUUUCGUCGCUUGCUGGCUGCCUGACGAAGAGCAGCGAGAACGGAGCGCUUCCUGUCAUUUCUGUGAUGAGAGAAACAGAAUCCCAAUUACUACCAGAUGUGGGCGCUAUUGUAACCUGUAAGGUCUCUAGCAUCAAUUCGCGCUUUGCCAAAGUGCACAUCCUAUAUGUGGGGUCCACACCACUUAAGAACUCUUUUCGAGGAACUAUCCGCAAGGAAGAUGUCCGAGCUACUGAAAAAGACAAGGUUGAGAUUUAUAAGAGUUUCCGCCCAGGUGACAUUGUCCUAGCCAAAGUGAUCUCCCUGGGUGACGCACAGUCCAAUUACCUUCUGACCACUGCUGAAAAUGAGCUUGGGGUAGUGGUGGCCCACAGUGAAUCGGGGUACAGCUGCAAUUAUCUUUGUCCUGGGCUAGUCAUCAGCAAACCACCACAGACCCAUACAGUUCUUCCUGCCAAACACAGAGAAAAUGGCCUCCUUUCCCAGCUCUUUCCCUUUCCCAGCCUCUCCUAAAUGUAAGUCACACCAAGCCAUCUCAAAGCAGACACACAGCCGGCAGGAUUACAUUUCCUACACUUUCCAAACCUUUGCUUCAAUUCAAAAGAAUCUACGGUGAAGGCAAGAAGCUAGGAAGAGUAACCUGAGGCCAAAUACCUGUUCCACAUCAGGCAUCAAUAACCCUUUCAAAUGGCUACUUCAACGUCCAGAGGUUAGAAGAGCGCAGGGCAAGAUCUGCCCUAAUUACAUCAGUGGAAGCACCUCCUCAGUACAGAGGGAUUCUCUGAGUUGCUGGCAGCUGAGAAUGCUUCCUUAUAAAAAGCAUUCCAAAACCACAAAGAGCUGUUCGCCGCAGGGGGCAAGCCUGGGUAGGCGAGUUUAUCUCACUGCCACUUCCACCUUUGCCCAGCGUCUACCUGUUACUCAACCCAGAAUUGGAGCGAGCGGGAUGGACUAGGAAUAAGGAGAUAACGACCUUGAACAAGUCAUCUAUGCAAUCCUCACUUUUCCCAGCUAUAGAAGAGGGCCAGGGAGGGAAAGAAAGGGGAUAAUAAUCUACUUCAUGGAAUCGUGCAGAGGACAACUCAAAUUAUUCAUUCAUUCACUCAUUCAUUCACUCAAUUACAUUUGUGGAUGCAUUCGGGGCACAAGAUUCGUGGGAUGCUGCUGAACAGCAAAGGCCUACAUAAGCACGUGGGUUUCGUGAGGCCUGUUGUCCGCCCAGCGCCGCGUUACUCCCCCACAGCCGGGGACAAGCGUGUGGUCUGACGCUUCACGAGGAUCCGCAGCAGCCUCUUGAAAAGGCUUGGUUACAGCUCCCGGAAGACACCGGCCAUCCAAUUUAAUAACCCGUCCCCGAGUUACUGAAUGCUCAGAUUAGUAAAUGGGAGAAUUUCGCCAAGGCGGUGUCGUGGAGGAUGCAGUGGGUUGCGGGGCGACCGCCCCCAGUCCUCUUCCCGGCGUGGCCCAUCACACCACUGGGUGACCUUGAGCAAGUCCACCCCCCCCCCCCCCCCCGCACACACACCCUGAAACCAUUUUGCCAACCGCAAAAUAAACUGCAGGAGAGCUGAAGCCCAAGGUCAGCCCUCUCCGCGAGGGUACGGGGACGAGCCAGGCGGCCCUCAACCAGGGGCGCCCGCCCGAGCCUCCGCAGCCCCAACCCACAGCCCGCCCCGGCCCGUUCCUCACC